AUGGCCUCUUCCUCUAGACCUCCAACUUUUGCUCGAAGCGGUUCAUCAUCUCUAACCGCUACUACCUCUAUGUACCAGCCGUCCGCCGUCGGUUCUUUCGCUACAAACGGUUCCACUUCUGUGGCUUCAACCCCCCAAGGAACCCCUCCUCCACCCCCGCUUUCUGCCCAUAUGGAUGACUCAAAACCUACAAUUUUCACUGCCACCUAUUCUGGUGUUGCGGUAUUUGAAAUGCCAGUAAAUAAUGUUGCAGUGAUGCGACGCCGUCAUGACUCGUGGUUGAACGCAACCCAAAUUCUCAAAGUGGCUGGCGUAGAAAAAGGGAAACGAACAAAGGUUCUGGAAAAAGAAAUUCUCAACGGUCAACAUGAGAAGGUCCAAGGCGGGUAUGGGAAAUAUCAAGGGACAUGGGUUGAUUUUGAACGAGGUCGAGAAUUCUGCCGCUCAUAUGGAGUAGAGGAGUUACUUGCCCCCUUACUUGACCUGGAUGUUAUAGCUGCCAGUGGUGCCGAUUCGACCCCCACAAAAGAGCAAGCCAUGGCUGCAAAACGGAAGCGAAUGUAUAAUACCAGUCUGAGCCAGACAAAUGGACACACGGGCCCCUUAUUCACCCCUAUAUCGUCCACCGUUUCCAAUGCCUUUAGUGCCCUCAGUAAAUCCACCUCACGAAUGGAUUCGCAAGAGACUCGGACAGCGAAUUCUCAGAAUUCUGUUAUGUCAUCGCAGGCAUCUCAGGGUAUUGUUCGCCAACAGGAAUCACAAGGUCAAGAAUCUUGGCCACCAAGUUUGCCGACAGAGACAAGUUUUGUAUCUCAGGUUCAGCCUGAUUCUACUUAUUGUUCUCAAAUUUUGACUCUUCCUGAACGAGAUUCGCAAGAGCCUCCACGAAAACGAGCCCGGCCUUCCACCCCACUCAAUGAAGUAUCUACCCAUUUUUUCCAACCACAAGUUGAUACGCCUCAAAGGCCUGUACAACCUGUAAUAGCAGAUCAUGUGCCAGAUGCCGAACAUGCCCGGCAGACAUUGAUGAAUCUUUUCAUUAACCCCGAGACUGAUUCGUCUGUGCUGGCCCAAUUGGAUACGCUCACCCCUGAACAAAUCGAUAUUCCCCUCGAUUCAACAGGAGGCGCUGCAAUUCAUUGGGCGGCAUCUUUGGCACGUGUUCCUCUUAUUCGGGCCUUGAUAGCAAAGGGUGCUUCGAUAUAUAGAGUCAAUCAUAGUGGCGAAUCAGCGCUAGUUCGCGGGUGUUUUGUGACCAACAAUUUCGAUCAAUUUUCCUUUCCCCAGCUUCUCAACCUCCUAUAUCCCACCAUUCCUAUUGUCGAUAAUAACGGUCGGACUAUCUUGCACCAUAUUGCUGUAAAAUCCGGUAUGAAGGGAAGGAGUGCAGAUAGCAGAUAUUACCUCCAUUGUUUGCUAGAGUUUGUGGCCAAGCAUGGUGCCUCGUCCACGAGCCGUACAGGUGGGCCAAAGGUGAUGAGUCUGACAAGGUUUAUUGGAGAGAUUGUGAAUGCACAAGAUAAAAGCGGAGAUACGGCGUUGAAUAUCGCUGCUCGGAUAGGGAAUAAGAGCAUUAUACAGCAAUUGCUAGAGAUUGGUGCGGAUUCUAGUAUACCAAAUAGGGCAGGACUAAGACCUAUCGAUUUUGGUGUCGGUGGAGAGCCUGCUCCUAUGCCAAGCAGGAGGGAGCAAACUUGGAUUGCACCGCCUGUUGUUGUGCAAAAACGGCAGGACAUAGUGAAUCUGAUAAAAGAUGCCAUUGCUGGCCUCGAAAAGGACUUUCAGGGCGAGAUUGAGGCGAAGCAAGAGCAGGUCAUGGCAACCCUGAACCAGUUGAGAGAAGUCACCUUAAAGUUAGCAUUGUCAGAAUCUACGACGCGCAAUCGAUGA